AUGCCUAAGCGUGACCAGAGUCCUGACUGGGCUUCGAAUCCUUCCUGUGUUCCUGAUAUACCUGAACCCAGCAACAUGCCUCAACGUGGCCGGAGUCCUCGCUGGGCUUCAAGUCCUCCCCGUGUUCCCGAUUCGGCUGGUCGUAGAAGCACGCAUUGGCGUGGCCGGCGUCGUUCUUCUUGGAAUAUAUCAUCUGCUCCCGAUCCGACUACUCAAAGAGACUCCUUUUCGGACAGUAUCAAAAAUGCCUCUCUCUCUGACACGAACGAAGCUGCGCCAACAAAUCCUCCCACCAAUCUAUCGCUUGCUCUUCUCUUGUUUGCUGUUACCUUGGUUAGUGCAAGUGAUGCAAGUCUGAAUCGGCUAUUCAUCUUUGGAUUUGGUGUGUUCAUUGGGGCGAACUAUGAUAUGAGAGACCUGUUGAACCGCCUUGGACUCCCACCUACUCUUGCUUGA